CUACGAGAUGCUUGGUGUGAGACAUGCAUGCAAUGAUAAUAGCCGAGUUUGUUAUUUGUCCGUAUGACAUUAUUCACUUUCUUUUAAAGCUGGGAGCUAUAUAUAUACCCUCACAUAUGAAAUCUUGUUUCAAGCUAUGUAAUAGUCAAAUGUUAGGCCGUCCCGUUCACAAAACAGCAAACAGUACCUUUCCAACAGAUUUCCCUUUUGACAUACAUACUAUGUAAAGAAUCUUCUCUCGACUGAUGUCUGGCGGGGUGGUUAGGACACGCGAUCAGUUGCGCCAUGCUUACUUGCUGUCGAUCAUUGGCUUAUCUACCUGUUGGUGCGCACCUUUCGUUAGCCGCCUUAGGAUCGUGAUGAGCAUUAGGGAUCCAAAGAAGCUGAUUUUUGUAGGCUGGCGCUUGUUUGAAGCUGAGAAUAAAAGAUUGCUAAGUUGUCUCAUUGUCGGAGUCAUUCAGCGUCACGGGUUGUUAUAUUUAACAUCAGGGUCCAACUGGAUUUAGUAAUCCCAUCGGGAAUAUCCCCAUCCUCUGAACCAGACUCGAGGUAUAGUGACCAGAUUUGUACUGCGACCCAGGUGGUCCUUGACUCAUGGCGAACUUACUAGUACCUCGCUCCGAGACUUUGACUCUAGCGCUAUUAUUACGUAUCAAAAUAACCUACGAGGGGGAUAACUAGACCAGUCUGACCAGUCUAGAGAAUAGCGUCUGUAAUGUAACAAAAUGAUUUGGACGGUUCGAGUUUGAAAGCUAUUAAGUGGAUCGUGGAUUGACUGCGACGAUAUUAGAAGUUUCAAUAUUGAUAGGUUCGCAUGAUCAGCCGAUGAAAUGUAAAAACGGGAAAGGCUACGAGAGCUUAGACGUAUUUUACGCAUGGCGACGUGCUAGAAAUUAUAUAUACUU